CUCUUUUCACAAACCCUCUCACACACAUACAACACAUCGCCGCAAGAGCACAAGCAGCAGCACCAGAAGAAAGAAGAAAAAAUGGAGGCGGCGAGAACCGUAAAAGAUGUGUCACCUCACGAGUUCGUCAAGGCCUAUGCCGCUCACCUCAAACGCUCUGGCCAUGUUGAGCUGCCUGAAUGGACUGAUCUUGUUAAGACUGCAACAUUUAAGGAACUUGCUCCAUAUGACCCAGAUUGGUACUACAUUAGAGCUGCUUCCAUGGCAAGGAAGAUCUACUUGAGGGGGGGUCUAGGUGUUGGUGCCUUCAGAAGGAUCUAUGGAGGAAGCAAGAGAAAUGGCAGUCGCCCACCUCAUUUCUGUAAAAGCAGUGGUGCUAUUGCUCGUCACAUACUUCAGCAAUUGCAGACAAUGAAAAUUGUUGAAAUUGACGCAAAGGGCGGAAGGAAAAUCACAUCCAGUGGCCGGCGAGAUCUUGAUCAAGUUGCUGGACGCAUCACACUUACCCAUUGAGGGAUUAAUGCAGGCUUGUUAAGGACGGAGAACUACUUGAGAAGGACCUUGGGAUUUAGUUGUUUGAGUGGACAUAAAUAUAAGAGGCCAGUAGCACAUUUAAUUUUCAGCUUUUACUGUCACAUUUGACCUCAGCUUCUAUGAGUUCACUGUGCUAGUUGUUUUUACUAUUUUAUGCAACUGUUCAAGCGUAAUUUUUGAAAAUGUUCUUAUUAAUGAUUUACCUUUCUUUGCUUCAACUGCUUCGAUGUUAGCUUAUGGUGACUGAAAUAGUUUUAUUCAUGGCCUUGUAAUGAAAUAGUUUUAUGCUUCUUGUAAUGAAUUUGAACGCAUUCAU